ACAAAUGAUAGAUAGUUGGUGAUGGUCGCUUCUUCUGUUCGUGUCUCACUGUCCGUAUUUUUUCUUCUGUUAAGACCACUUCUUCAAGGGAACAGCGGUCACUGCCAGUGACAAGUUAGACCGGUUUUUCAGCGUUCAAAAUGAGCCGAGGCGUUGCGUUAUCGUUUGCUCUACUGUUGCUCGUGACUACUGCCACUGCUGAAGAUGGUGAUCUGGAUGCUCUCAUCGAUAGCUUGUUUACCUCUUCGCCGAUUGCUAUUGAUACACAUACACUAGCACCUCCACCCCCGGCUCCUGAAGUAGGCUCGCAGGCAACCUGUGAGCAAGGUCAACACUGUGUUCAGAAAUAUCUCUGCACGAAUGAGUCUACGAGUGGAGUAGGACAGAUUGAUAUACGCUUUAGUGAUAGUAAUCCUUGCGUUGAUUACUUGUUACAAUGCUGCUAUGAUGAAGAUAUUAUCACCGAACUACCGAAGGCUUCGACUUUUAGACCACCAGUGCCACCAAUGGAUAACCCUGUCUGUGGAAAACGAAACCCCGACGGCAUUGGCUUCCGCAUCACGGGAGCUAAGAACAGUGAAUCCGAGUACGGUGAAUUUCCGUGGAUGGUUGCGGUAUUAAAGCAAGAACAAGCCCUUGAUCAGGUGGUAAACGUGUACCUUUGUGGUGGAUCUUUGAUUCAUCCCAGUGUAGUACUAACUGCAUCUCAUUGUGUUCAAAAUAAAUCUCCUGCUCAGUUGAAAAUCCGCGCAGGCGAAUGGGAUACUCAAACCAAGCACGAAAUCCAUGCUCAUCAGGAUCGCCAAGUUGUUGAGAUUGUUACCCAUCCGGAUUACUACAAAGGAGGACUGUACAAUGAUAUUGCGUUAAUAUUUUUGGAUGCACCUGUCAUUCUGGAUGAAGGAAUUCAAACAGUUUGCUUACCCCCACCAAAUGCAAAAUUCGAUCUCCAGAGAUGUUUCGUUUCCGGCUGGGGAAAAGACGUAUUCGGCAAGGAAGGAACAUAUCAGGCUAUAUUGAAGAAAAUCGAUUUGCCGAUCGUACCGAAUAACGAGUGCCAGAUUUCGUUGAGAUCAACCCGUUUGGGACCUAAAUUCAUCUUGCAUAACAGUUUUAUCUGUGCCGGUGGAGAAGUUGGCAAAGAUGCCUGUAAGGGUGACGGUGGAUCCCCUCUCGUGUGUCCCAUUCAGGGUUCUUAUCAGUUCUAUCAUCAGGUUGGCAUUGUAGCAUGGGGCAUUGGAUGCGGAGAAGUAACACCAGGUGUCUAUGCGGAUGUGUCCCAUUUCCGGAACUGGAUUGAUCAGGAAAUGAAAAAUCGAAAUUUUGAUACCAGCAGUUAUACUGUGUAACGUGUCUGCGACCUAGAUUUUUCGACGGUUAAUGUAAUCCUAUUUAAUGCUACACUUUCUCAAAUCAGUCACCGCUUUGAUGACCUCGUGCUAUAAGUUAUCAACAUAUAAAUAAAUAAAAUAUCUCUCUCAAUGUGUUUA